AUGUUCGUUCUUAUUUUAUUUUCUUUAAUAAUCGUCGCGCAUAUCGAUUGAAAAAUCAAUUGAGAAAAAAAAACUAUCGUGCCAAUAUUCGCCGUUUCCUCCAGCCAUACCUGAGUACAAUAAUAGAUUUGGCUGGAACCUACAACCUGAUUAAAUAAAUAGUAUUGUCUGUCUCUGAGUGCACCGUCUAAGUGGCAGCCAAUUAUAUCUUAAUUCGUCGCAAGGUAUCGCCUUUGUUAUUACAAGUGAUACUUUUAUUUAAGGUCGCACUAUCAAAGAUUCAUAACCUUAUUAUUUAGUUUAUUAUUACGUUUACCAAAGAAGCAUGGAAGGACAACAAUUUUGUUUACGGUGGCAUAAUUUUCAAAAUACUCUAUUGAGUUCUUUGCCAAAGUUACUGGAUGGUGGGCAUUUAACAGAUGUUACUUUAAGUGCAGGAGGAAGACACAUUCAUGCUCAUAAAAUUAUACUUUCUGCUUGUAGUUAUUAUUUCAAAGAAUUAUUUAAGGACUUAAGCUCUUUACAGCAUCCAGUCAUCAUAUUACCAGGCAUGGAAUAUGGAAAUUUGUGUGCAUUAGUUACAUUUAUGUACAGUGGAGAAGUAAAUAUUUAUCAAGAGCAAUUACCUGCACUUUUAGCUAUGGCAAAUACUUUGCAUAUUCGUGGCUUAGCUGAUAUUGGUGGGAAAAAUCCAAGGCAUGAUAAUGGCUUAUGUGUUCAAUCUCCUGUGACGACUCAACCUCAAGAGAAAACAUUGAUUGAAGAAACGAUAAAGAAAGAAACUAAAGACUGCGUGACUGGAACAGAAUCAAUAGAAUCACUAUCAAUGCCUGAAGUUGCGCCUAAUUUAGAAGAAGAAUCUUAUAACGAACAAGAAAGUAUACCAUAUUGUGUAAAGACGACACCGUACUAUUCGAUAAAUGCAAAAUUAAAUCAGAGAGAAAAGGUACCUGGUCUUAUUAAUGCGUCAUCCAACAAAUACAUGGAGAAAGGAUAUACAGAUAAUGCAAUGGAUGAAACUGCUUCAGUAUCAGAAGAUAUGAACACAGUGCGAACAGACGUAAAACCACCUAUUUGGGAUUCAAACUUCAAAUUUCUUGGCUCAUCUGCAUCUAAUAGAACUUCACAUAUUUAUAAUAAAUCUAGUGUUACAUGUCACGUUUGUGGUAAACAAUUAAGUAAUCAAUACAAUUUACGAGUGCACAUGGAAACUCACAGUAACAGCUCAUACAGUUGCACAGCAUGCUCACACGUCUCACGGUCACGGGAUGCUUUAAGAAAACAUAUUUCAUAUAGACAUCCAGUAGCUACACCCCAAAAACGUUCACGGUACAACACUUCAAAACAAUAGAUUGUUAUCUCUUCACCAGAGACACCGAAUAAUAUACAUUUCCAUCUUAGAGGGGAAUUAUUUGUAAGUAUAGACCAAUUUGAGAAUGUUUUAUUAGUAACAUUUUGAAAAUAAAUGAUAAAUUGUUAUCAUUUUUGUAGUAGUUAUGAUCUCUGCUUCAGGUUAAUGAAAGACAUUAAAUGUAUAAAAUAUAAAUAAUAUAGUUUUUCUCUCGUUAUAUCUGUAAUUUUACAGAUAAAGUCAAAUGUGUUCAGUCUAAUACAGAUUCCCCCGUUUUUAAAUUGUUAUUGUUGUCUUGUUACCGUUACCAUUUUAAUAAAGGAGAACAUUAUCAAUUAA